AUGACUCAUAAAUAUACCUGGUUUGAAAGCAAUCCCUGGCGAGAUGAAGACCAAACCUUCAAUUCUCUACCUAAACUUGAUUUGGAUGUUGAUGAAGAUCAAAUUACUUCUGUGUCGGAUAAGACUUCAUCAAGUGCGUUAUUGGCUCGAGAAAAUGCCAAUCUAGCUGAACUGUCAUUAAGAGCUCAAGCUCUUCAGACUGAAAACUUAUUGUUACACAGAAAAGUGGAAGCACAAUCAAAGUAUGAUGCCAUGAAAUUAAAAACGGAGCUAAAUGUAGCUAGGGCUAGAAAAAAGGCUUUAAACGAACAAUUAUUUGAACAAUCUAUGCCGGUGUUGUCUCCCAAAAUCCAAUUCACAGACACUCCCUUAGAUUUACCUGAAGAUCUAGAAUUACCUAGUGUGUAUCCAGAGUCUAACGGUCAACAGCAUUCAGUCCCUCAACCUUUGUCUACUCCAGUAAACGAUAUUGUUAAACGCCAAAUAGAGCUUUCAGAAAUGAUCUUAGCUCAACAAAGACGAACUAAACCACGUCUUUUCACAUCGUUUUAUAUACCCAUAUUGCUUAACGACAUACUGUAUAAUCAUCUAACGCAUCAAACGAAUUAUUUGUGA